GUCAACAUCGAGUUUGGUGCCACCUCUGAUUUUUUUUGGCGUGUAGCUGUAGCAGAAAGCAAAAGGAAGCCGCUUGUGGAAAAUUUCAGGCAUCGGCUAGCAUCUAACUACCAGAGAAUUAGCACGCCCGGCAUUCGACGCACCGCAAAAAAAACUUCUUUGACCACUCAGCAGCAGCGACGAGAAACGACGAAAGAAAAAAAUCAACAUGUCUGACGAAAAGAAAGGCGGCGAAACCGAGCACAUCAACUUGAAGGUCCUGGGCCAGGACAACGCCGUUGUCCAGUUCAAGAUCAAGAAGCACACACCCUUGCGCAAGCUGAUGAACGCCUACUGCGACCGGGCCGGACUCUCCAUGCAGGUGGUGCGCUUCCGCUUCGACGGACAGCCCAUCAACGAGAACGACACUCCGACCUCGCUGGAGAUGGAGGAGGGCGACACCAUCGAGGUCUACCAGCAGCAGACCGGCGGCGCUCUUUAAAAUUACUUAGUUAAGCUAGAUACCCUCAAACCUUUAUAACUAACAAACAAACGAGAAAAUACAAAAAGAAUCAACAACUAUACACAAUAUGAAGAAGAAACCAACCAAACAGGCAGUAAGAAGCAGUAAUUGAAACAAGAGUGCGUUUAGUACAACUGUAGAUUGAGUCUGUAUGGGAAACACGACCAUAAAAACAAAGAAAAACUAUUGCAGACAACAAAAAUUAUAAAUAAAGCAUUUUAUAAACUAUA